AUGCCGCCUCCACCACCGCCUCCCUCGCGGAGAAACGACGCCAGCAAGGCAUCGGCCGCCUCGAAGGAGGAGAACAUCUACAUCCCGUCCUUCAUCAGCAAGCGGCCCUUCUACGCAGGCGAAGAGGGCGACGACCAGUCAGACUACCUAGAGCAUCAGCGGAUACAGCAGAAGUCGAAAGACGACCAGUCGAAAUGGUACGACCGGGGCAAGAAGCUGGGGCCCGCCGCGACGAAGUACCGCAAGGGCGCCUGCGAGAACUGCGGCGCCAUGACGCACAAGACGAAGGAGUGUCUGAGUCGCCCGCGCGCGAAGGGCGCCAAGUACACGGGCCGCGAUAUCCAGGCCGACGAGGUCGUGCAGGAGGUGCAGCUCGGCUGGGACGCCAAGAGGGAUCGCUGGAACGGCUACGAUCCCAAGGAGUACCGCCAGGUUGUCGAACGCUACAAACAGAUGGAUGAGCUGCGGAAGCUAGCGGAUGGCGGCAAGGCGAAUAAGGACGACGGCGAGGGCGAGGAGGGUGAAGAGCAGAAAGACUCCGGGGAGAAGUACGCCGAGGAGAUGGAUAUGGGCAAGCAUCAGAGCACAGCGACACGGCAACUGCGCAUACGGGAAGACACGGCGAAGUACCUCUUGAAUCUCGACCUGGAGUCAGCCAAAUACGACCCCAAGACGAGGACGAUGGUCGACGCGGGCGCCACAGCAGACAAGGCGGCGCAGCUAUUUGCGGAAGAAGGCUUCUUACGGCAAUCAGGCGAGGCGGCCAAGUUUGAGGAGGCACAAACGUAUGCGUGGGAGAAACAGGAGCUGUCCGGCGACACAAGCCAGCACAUGCAGGCGAACCCAACGGCGGGCGAGUUCUACCGCAAGAAAGAGAAGGAGGAAGCCGAGAAGAAGCGCGCGGCGCACCUCAAAGCCCUACAAGAGAAGUACGGCGGCGGCAUCGACGACCAACAUACGAUGCCGGCGGCACUGCGGGACGUCGCCGUGACCGAGUCGGAGCAUUUCGUUGAAUACGACGAGGCCGGGCUGAUCAAGGGCGCGCCCAAGGCUGUGGCCAAAUCCAAGUAUGCUGAGGAUGUCCACACCAACAGUCACACGUCGGUAUGGGGCAGCUGGUGGUCCAACUUCAGAUGGGGCUACGCAUGUUGUCACUCGUUCAGCAAGAACAGCUACUGUACGGGAGAAGACGGCAGGAGGGCGUUUGAUGAUGCUGAGCGACAGAGAACUGGUGUGGCUCUCAUAGAAGAUGCCCCAGCUCAGGAGGCAGAACCCAACGGUGGCAAGGCGGACGAGCCAGAGCCGGCGAAGCCAGCAGCCAGAAAGCGCACAGUCGAGGAGAUGAUGGGCGGUGUUUCGGAGGCAGAGAUGGAUGAAUAUCGAAGGAAGCGAACAGCGGCAGAUGACCCUAUGGCCAAAUUCUUAGGGACAGAAGAGUUAGCUCGAUAG